UGUGAAUAUGACACACAGUCCGAUCUGAAAGAUAAGUAAGUGGGUGGAGCCUGUGGUGAGUUUUUAUAGGUCAAGUGAAGCCUGAGGGACCGCAUUCAACUUUGACUUUGUUGGACUUCAGUCAUGGAAAUGCCUCAGCAUUGCCAGCAUGCAAACACAGACAAGAAGAAUUUAAAACCUCUGGUGGAAAGACGACGACGAGAAAGAAUAAAUAGAAGCUUGGAGAACCUCAAAACUCUUUUGCUUACACCACAAUUAGCUGGCGGGCGCAGGUUGGAGAAAGCAGAGAUCCUGGAGCACACGGUCUUCUUCCUGCAGCAACACGCCAACAAAGGGCACACGAAGCAGGUGCCGCACUCCUACCAUCAUGGCUUUUCCUCCUGCCUGCAGAGGGCUGCCCACUUCCUACGAUGCGAGGGCGAAGGUGUGGCCAUCGUUGACUCUUCAUCCUCCUCUUUUUCCUCAUCGUCGUGCCCCCCUGGCUUCCCUCCGGCUCUCGGGGGUCCUUCCAAGAGCGUCGUUCGCAACACGAUGCCCCAAAAGAGACCCAGCACGGCGGGGAGCUUGUGGAGACCCUGGACCUGAUUUCCAACAUGAGGGGGACAAUGUCAGUGCAAUAGAAUGUACAACUCCAUAUUUACUGUCAUUUUAAGGACCGAAAUCGACUGUGACGAUGUUAUUCAACGCAUGUUUGCACCUUUAAUUUAUUUAAAUGUCGUGUGUAAAUAAACCAAAUGGGGGGAAAAAUCA